AUGUGCUUGAACUUUCGAGCAGGCUGCAAACGUGCACUAUACGUCUCCGAAGAUGUGACCAACAAUGAGGAAAUCUGGCUCUUCGAGAAGCCUGGAUGGUUCUUCGAACACAAGAGCUACACCAAGUGGAACGAUGAUGACCCCAAAGGCAGUCGGUCACACGCUCUGUUGUCACUGAGAGGCAAUCCAGGAACCGGAAAGACUGUUCUACUGACUGAAAUCGCCAAAAGAUGCACAAGUGAGGGGGCUAUUCUUAUUCGACACAGCUUUGGAGAUGUCGAGGGCCGAAAGAUGCCGCCAGCUGAUCGGCUGCAGCGUCUCUAUAGGUCCUUGCUCUGUCAACUUCUGAAUAAGGCGCCAAAGAAACCAUGGUAUUUCCUUGAAUUAUGGAAAGAAGCCUUCGAGGCCACAGAUCGGUCCCGAAUAUUGGAUUACUGGACGAUCAACAGGACCAAGAAUGCCUUGAGGGAGAUCAUGUUGGCCGAUACGAGCAGUCGGAUCCGUCGUGUCCGCAUUCUCAUCGACGCUCUUGACGUAUGCACGGAGUCUUUGGAGGUACUACAGUUCAUCGAUAGUCUCCUGAGAGACGCAAGCAUUGCCGGAGCUGAUAUUCGGGUCUGCAUUUGUCGAAGGGUUCACCCUGACCACGGAGAUCUCGAACCUGAGACCUUGACCAUUAUUGUUGAAGAUCAGAUCGAAAGGGCUGUACAGCAAUUUAUCAAGAACGGAGUGCAAAAGAUCAACGAUCGAGGAGUGCAUCUGCUAGUUUACCACAGAUUGACUCGACACCGUCUUAGAGAGUUCAAGUGGCUGAAGGUAGUUCUAGAGCGAGCUGUCUGGUGGAAUCUGAGCUCCAAUCAUGAAGACGUCAAAGAGAUGAUGGAUGCAGAGUUUCUCGAGCUCGCCUAG